AUGGGCUCGGAGAAUGAAAUUUCUCCGGCCGAUGCUCUUAAGGCUCCCGGCAAGGAACAACAAGCCGCCGGCGUCGGAAUUCUUCUUCAGAUCAUGAUGUUGGUCUUGUCCUUCGUUCUCGGUCACGUUCUCCGUCGCAAGAAGAUUUACAUCAUCCCUGAAGCCAGUGCUUCUCUUCUCAUAGGAUUAAUUGUUGGUGUUUUAGCUAACAUUUCAGAUACUGAAACUAAUAUCAGGGCUUGGUUCAAUUUUCAUGAGGAGUUUUUUUUCCUGUUCCUGUUACCUCCGAUCAUAUUAUAUCCUUAUUGA